AUGCCAACCUUCGAUGGGCGCGGGCUGGUGCUGCCAGCGCCUCCUGCUGCCCCGGCUGCGUCGGCGCCGGUGGACUUGUCUUAUGACGACUCUCGCCAGGAUGAGGAAGAAGGGGACGAUGAGGAGCACAACUCGGGGGCGACCCCCGAGGGGAUGGGGGAGACUUCCCCCUUGCGCAAGGCCGACAUCCUUCGCACCCAGCCUGACAACGACGAGACCGACGAUCUCCGGAGGGGGGAGCCGCCCGUGAUUCCGAUGAAGGGCAGGUCAGCGUUGGUCUCCCGAGGCGCUGCUCCUGCUCUGAUGCCGCCUGGGGCUGCUUUUGGGCUAUAUGCUGCUCCUUCCUCUGCCCCUGGAGUCCGUGCGCCCGCGCCCCAUGUUGGGAGGCUCUCGGGCUUCAAGCUUAGCAAGAGGAGGGUGGACUAUGCCGCGGUGGACCAGCCGACACCUGCGGCGAAGAAGAGGAAGGAGGAGGCGGUGGUGCUGUUCGGGACCAAUCCACCUGCUCCGGCUGCGUCUCCCUCUGUGGAGAAGGGCGGCGCUGGCGCCCAUGUUUCUCCGCCUCGGUCGUCCUCACGAGGCCUGGGGAAGAAUCCUCGGGAGGAGUCAACCCCCGUGGCCCCGCUGGCUCCGGAGGCACCGGCGUCCGGCUCGGCUGCUGAGGUCUCCAAGGCCCAGGAGCCCCCAGCCUCCCAGGCAGUGGGUGCCGACUCCCACCUGGUAACCGGGCGCCUGGAGCUAGUUUCUGGCUGGCUUCAUUCUGACGUGUCUGUUCGAGCGAAGCUGAGCCAAGCCGCGGCGACCUCCAAGAAGGAGAAAUGGGCCUCCGCCCAAGCCGCAGUUGCUCGUGAAGCGGCACUGAAGGAUGCCGAAGCCGCCCAGGAUCACAGCCGGGGGCUGGAGGCCGAGCUGAAGGCCCUGUGUGACAGGCGUGCAGAAGAAGCUCGUGGCCGCGAGGCGGAUGAGGAGAAGAUGAAGGUCCGGGAGGAUGCCAUCAAGGACCGCGACGCCGAUCUGGGGGAGUUGGCGAGGACGCAGGCCGCAGAACGCAGACGGCUGGUGGAGCUGGAGCGUAAGGUGGAGGCGGAGAAGGCCAAGCUUGACGCCAAGGUGAAGGUCCUGGCCGAGGACCGCACGACCUUCGCGCUUCUCGAGGAGAGGCACGGCGCCCCAACCCCGUCGCCGGCGCUCACCAUCACCGCCUCCGACGCGCCGCUGGACCACGUCGUCGUCGGGGCACCACCACCUCGCCGGACUGCCUCCCCUGCGUCGCGUCAUCCCUGUCCCCAACCUCGAGCACCACUGCCCCGUGCCCUACGCCCCGCCGGUGAGGCCCUCGGCCUCUGCCUCCCCUCUUCCUCUCCAUGUCCAGAACAUCGCGGCGCCGUCCUCGUCCUUCCUACGUUGCCCCACCGGACGCGUGACGCGCCCGCGCGUCCAUCCGGCUCCGACCGCGCCGCCUGGGCCAUGCCCUCCUCGUCCAACCGCAACCCUGUGCGCCCCCAUGCAGCCCCGCUCCGGCGCUCCGCUGCCGCCUACACGCCGCCGCAUCUGCCGCUGGCGCCCGCGGCCACCUGCGCCCGCGUGCGUCCACCGCCGUGCUCCCGCACGCCCUUUGCCGCGCACGCCUGCGCGCGCGCACCCGCAGCCUACCUCCCGCUCGCCCCUGUUGCUGUUGCCGCAUCACCGCCCUGUGCGACCGCCGCCGCCGCCCGCCCGCCGUUCCGCUUCCCCCAUGCGGCGCGCCGCCCGGGUUCGCCCCCGCUGGCCGUCGCCCACGCCGGCCAAAUGCCACCGCGCCCCGGUGGCCUCGCCUCGCCUCCUCGGUCGGGCUCGGCCCCGCACGGGUGCGCUCGUAACCGCACCGCUGGCGCCCGCGCCCGCUAA